UACCUCACAACUUUCAAAAGAGAAGUUAAUAAUAUAAUACAGUUACAAACUUCUUUCGUAUCUUCUACAAGAGGGUACUCUUCUUCCCCUGAGUAUAGCUAGCUCCAUGGAGAAGAGUUUCCAACGAUCUGUUCUUCUUGCGACCUUGUCUCUCUUCUUCUUCAUCUCCAUUCCGGUUUCACUCUCUGUUCCUUUCGUUUUUUUCCACGGAAUCGGAGCUGGAUGCUCCAAUGAUCAAAUGAGAAACUUGACAAAGCUCCUUAACAAUUACUCCACUGGAUCUUGCGUAGAAAUAGGAAAUGGAAAGCAAGAUUCCGUAUUCAUGCCUCUUACGAAACAAGCGAGUAUAGCUUGUGAGAAAAUCAAACAGAUGCCAGAGCUGAGUGAUGGUUACAACAUUGUUGGAGUGUCUCAAGGAAACUUAGUCGCCAGAGGCCUAAUCGAGUUCUGUGACAAUGCUCCUCCAGUCUUCAACUACGUAUCUUUAGGAGGUCCUCACGCUGGCGUGGCUGCAAUCCCUGAGUGGUGUACUAAUUUUUUUUGCACGAUCUUGAAGGCAUUUUUUUCACAGGUCUACAACGACGGAGUUCAAGCCUUUAUUGCUCCAAGUAAUUUUGUCAAAAUCCCAACUAAAAUAACAGAGUAUUUGGAACACUCAACGUAUUUGCCAAAGCUCAGCAACGAGAGACCUGGCGAGAAGAACUCCACUUACAAAGACCGUUUCACCAGCUUGCACAACUUGGUCCUCAUCAUGUUCGAGAAAGAUGAUGUAUUGAUUCCUAAAGAAAGUUCUUGGUUCGGAUAUUACCCGGAUGGAGAUAACUCAACUAUUCUGCCUCCUCAAAAGACAAAACUAUACACUGAGGAUUGGAUUGGUCUGAAAACCUUGGAUGCUGCUGGAAAACUGAGGUUUGUUAGUCUCCCUGGCGUACACAUCCAAAUAACGGAUGAAGAAGUUAUAGAAUACGUUGUGCCUUACCUCCAGAACAAGUAUCCGUUAUCUUCUGAACACGAGGCAAUGUAGACAUUUGCAAAUUCUUGAACCCAUGAAUAAAAAAAGGGUCUUAUAUCUAUGUAACACUGAAUAAAUCUUCUGUAAUAAACAAGGAAGAUAAAUAAAAGUUUCAUCCUUUAUGAAAGAUGAUCA